GCAGAGCCGAGUGAUCUCGGGUAGCGCGCGAGGGAGCCGGCGUGGGCGCAGGCAGGUGGAGGAUGAACGGCGAAGCCGAGUGCCCUGCAGACUUGGAAAUGACAGCUCCCAAAAACCAAGACCGCUGGUCUCAGGAGGACAUGCUGACUCUGCUGGAGUGCAUGAAGAAUAACCUGCCCUCCAACGACGGGAGCAAGUUCAAAACCACCGAGUCCCACCUGGAUUGGGAGAAAGUGGCUUUCAAGGACUUUUCAGGGGAGAUGUGCAAGAUGAAGUGGAUGGAGAUUUCUAACGAGGUGAGGAAGUUUCGGACCCUCACGGAGCUCAUUAUGGACGCUGAAGAGCACGUGAAGAAUCCUUACAAGGGCAAAAAACUCAAGAAACACCCCGACUUCCCCAAGAAGCCCCUGACUCCCUAUUUCCGCUUCUUCAUGGAGAAGCGAGCCAAAUAUGCCAAGCUUCACCCCGAAAUGAGCAACCUGGAUCUCACCAAGAUCCUGUCCAAGAAAUACAAGGAGCUUCCCGAGAAGAAAAAGAUGAAAUACAUCCAGGACUUCCAGCGAGAGAAGCAGGAGUUUGAGAGGAACCUGGCGAGGUUCAGGGAAGAUCACCCGGAUCUCAUCCAGAACGCCAAGAAAUCUGACGUCCCCGAAAAACCCAAGACCCCCCAACAGCUGUGGUACAACCACGAGAAGAAGAUCUACUUGAAAGUGCGUCCAGAUGCCACCACGAAGGAGGUGAAAGAGUCGCUGGGCAAGCAGUGGUCUCAACUCUCGGAUAAAAAGAGGCUGAAAUGGAUUCAUAAGGCCCUGGAACAGCGGAAGGAGUACGAGGAGAUCAUGCGUGACUACAUCCAGAAGCACCCCGAGCUGAACAUCAGCGAGGAGGGCAUCACCCGCUCCACCCUCACCAAGGCCGAGCGCCAGCUCAAGGACAAGUUUGAUGGCCGACCCACAAAGCCCCCUCCGAAUAGCUACUCCCUGUACUGUGCAGAGCUGAUGGCCAACAUGAAAGACGUGCCCAGCACCGAGCGGAUGGUGCUGUGCAGCCAGCAGUGGAAGCUGCUCUCCCAGAAGGAAAAAGACGCGUACCACAAAAAGUGUGAUCAGAAAAAGAAAGACUACGAGAUUGAGCUGCUCCGCUUCCUGGAGAGCCUGCCCGAGGAGGAGCAGCAGCGGGUGCUAGGCGAGGAGAAGAUGCUGGGCAGCAACCGGAAAGGGGCGACGAGUCCUGCAUCCAAAAAGUCCUCACCAGAGACGGGCAAGGCCAGCUCAGAAAAGCCCAAACGGCCCAUCUCCGCCAUGUUCAUCUUUUCGGAGGAGAAGCGGAAGCAGCUGCAGGAGGAGCGGCCGGAGCUGUCGGAGAGCGAGCUGACCCGGCUCCUGGCCCGCAUGUGGAAUGACCUCUCCGAGAAGAAGAAGGCCAAGUACAAAGCGCGGGAGGCGGCGAUGAAGGCACAGUCGGAGAAGAAGCACGGCUCAGAUAAAGAGGAGCGCGGGAAGCUGCCCGAGUCUCCCAAGACGGCUGAGGAGAUCUGGCAACAGAGCGUCAUCGGAGACUACCUGGCUCGUUUCAAGAACGACCGGGGGAAGGCACUGAAGGCCAUGGAGGCCACUUGGAACAACAUGGAGAAGAAGGAGAAGCUGAUGUGGAUCAAGAAAGCGGCGGAGGAUCAGAAGCGAUACGAGAGGGAGCUAAGCGAGAUGCGGGCCCCUCCAUGCUCCACCAACUCCGCCAAGAAAAUGAAGUUCCAGGGAGAGCCGAAGAAACCUCCUAUGAACGGUUACCAGAAAUUCUCCCAGGAGCUGCUGUCAAACGGGGAGUUGAACCACCUCCCGCUGAAGGAGCGGAUGGUGGAGAUCGGCAGCCGUUGGCAGCGCAUCUCCCAGGGCCAGAAGGACCACUAUAAAAAACUGGCGGAGGAGCAGCAGAAACAGUACAAGGUGCACCUCGAAAUCUGGCUCAAGAGCCUCUCGCCUCAGGAGCGGGCUGCCUACAAGGAACACACUUCCAACAAACGCAAGAGCAUAGGGAAGAUCCGGGGCCCCAACCCCAAGAUGAAGCCAACGAUGCAAUCCAAGUCGGAGUCAGAGGACGACGACGAGGAGGAAGAUGAGGAGGAAGACGAGGACGACGACGAGGAUGACGACGAUGACAACGGCGACUCGUCAGAGGAAGGCGGCGACUCCUCGGAGUCCAGCAGCGAGGAGGAGAGCGAGGACGGGGACGAG